AUGGCUGAUGUCAAUUUUGCUCUUACGGAUCCUUCUAAAAAAGGUUUUUGGCGAAGGCAUACGUCCACUUUGCCUGGAGGUGUCAAGCCUGUGGAAUCAAAAACAGGGGCAACGAGACUAGUAAUCGGGGCUCAAUACUCUUAUGGAGAAAUGUCAGCUGCGAAUACUGUUGAAGUUAUAGGAAAUGCGCAGACACAUUCUUCCAAUCAAGCAACUCGUGAUUCGCUUAAUAAAGAUCCUUCUUCAGAUCCAUCUGUCAAUUUCUCAAGCUUUAUUUCUCAACCAAAAAAAGAAAAGGUACCAGAACUAUUCAGUACGCAAUCGAUUUCAGUUGAGAAAAAUGUCGGUAUAAAAGCUGAAAUUGCUGGAUUAGUUCAAGAUCCUAUGAAUUCGAUAAACUCGUUGAAAUUGCCCGUUACCAACACUAACCAAAAUCCGCGUAUAAAUAAAUUUAAGGAUGUUUUACAAAGUCCUAAUGUCGACUUGACUGUACUCAGACAACUUAGUUGGAAAGGUAUACCAGAUGAACUAAGACCUAUGGCAUGGCAAUUGCUUCUCGGUUAUCUUCCAUGUAAUUCCGAUCGUCGUGUAGCUACUUUAGCACGUAAGCGCAAAGAAUAUGAAGAUAGCGUCUCCCAAGCUUAUGCAAGGGGAGUUGCUGGGUUGGAUCAGACCAUAUGGCAUCAGAUUCACAUUGAUGUUCCUCGAACUAAUCCUGGUAUUGCACUUUACCAAUAUGAGACAACACAACAGUCCCUGGAACGCAUUUUAUACGUUUGGGCAAUUCGACAUCCCGCUAGUGGGUAUGUUCAAGGAAUCAAUGACCUUGUCACUCCCUUUUUCCAAGUCUUCCUAUCUGCUUACAUAGGUUGCGUGCGAUUUUCAUUUUGUGAAGAAACUUGCUUUCUUGUUUUGGUAUAUUGUCUUACUGAAUUUGGCGGUGCUCUUAUUAUAGACAACGAUCCAGAAAUAUAUGAUCCAAGUUUACUUCCAAAAGAAGUAUUAAAUGUUAUUGAAGCAGAUAGUUUUUGGUGCCUAUCCAAAUUACUCGAUGGCAUUCAAGAUAACUAUACGUUUGCCCAACCGGGGAUACAGAGGCAAAUAAGUACGUUAAAGGAUUUGAUAAAUCGAAUAGAUGAGCCAUUAGCAACACAUCUUCGGGAGGAAGGCUUAGAAUUCAUUCAGUUUGCUUUUCGAUGGAUGAAUUGUUUGUUAAUGCGAGAGAUGUCUCUUAAAAAUACUAUUCGGAUGUGGGAUACUUAUUUGGCCGAAGACUCUGAUGGUUUUUCAGAAUUCCAUCUCUAUGUAUGUGCGGCGUUUUUGGUUAAAUGGUCGGAUAAAAUAAGAUCAAUGGAUUUCCAGGGAAUUAUGAUGUUUCUACAAUCGUUGCCAACUUCUAAUUGGAACUACGAAGAUAUUGAACUUUUAUUAUCUGAAGCUUAUAUGUGGAAAAGUUUAUUUCAUAAUGCUCCUAAUCAUUUGUCUAGAGCAUAA